UGCUUCAUGCGCCUUCGUUUUCGUCGGCCCGACCGCCGACUGCUCGUCGUCGAGGAGGCGGAAGAGUACGAGCGCUCCACGGGGGAUCUCGACUGUAAAAAGUGAAGAUUGGGUUAUUAGAAUAAAGUAAUUGCGGUUAGUUUUUUCCACAAUCAAAAUUUUAACUGUAAAAACGAUUAUUAUGUAUUCUAAAUCUCGCCAGCUAUCACUGGCAAUACCAGUGCAAAUAUAGCUAUUGCAAGGUAUUUUAAUAAUACUGCUCAAUUAACUGUAUCAGACUACAAAUAUUAUGACAAGAGCUUAUAUUAUCGAAACCUCAAAAGGACCCUAAAGGCAGUCUUGUAUAUGACUAUAUAUGUUAUUCUAUAAAAUAUUUAAUCUCAAGCCUGCUAUAUCAACUUGUGCUCAGAAGAGAAUCGGGUUUCUAUAUAACAACAGAUCCUUUCGAAAUUACGAAAUGAAUCAGUACACUUUUUAACCGUUUUCUGGUUAAUCUGAAAGGGGCUUCUUAUAGGUACCCUUUGAAUGGCCUACUCGUCUUUUUUCACGGAAGCGAGGCUCCCGGGCUAAUCAACUAUUCAUGACGUAACGACACGGAAGGAGUGUAAUAUAAUCCAAAUACACAGACAAUAAAUUUACGGUCCGGUUGAUUGUGGCGAAUAAAGAGAGAUUUAUACCAACUACUUCAGUCUUCAGUAUUUACCGCGGUUUUAUUCAAAACGUGCGUUUAACGUGAUUAUCUUGCUGUGUGGAACAGAUAGCAGAGUAAUAAGGUACGUUGAUGGUUUCAUGGGGAUUUAAUGUCUACUCCAAUAAAUGUAUUACAAUGCGUGAUUUUCAAAAGCUAGGGGUGAAGUGUCUUUUGUAAAUCUGUUAGUGGUUAUUAUAGGAAAAGAUCUACUGAUUUCUGAUUGCUCAACAAAUAUAUUAUAGGUUAGUUAUAGCGACGGGUGUUUCAGUAUUUCCUUCUUCAAUAAACUGCAACUAGUCGACAAUAAUAUAGUUUUUUCCCUUUUUACGGUGGUCUUAAAUGAAGAUUGAAUACAGACUGGAUCGUAAUGAGUUCAGAUCAUUGAGCUAGAUCUGUCCCCUUUUAUUUUUUUUCAAUAUCUUUAUGCUGGCCGAUACGUUUUCUCACAGCUAAAAUAUCUUGAAAGCUAAAAUAGCUUCUAAGCGUUUCCCUAGAUAUAGUUUAAAACAUCUACUUAUUCCCCUGCGCCUUCGGGCUGUUACGAUCCUCCCAGCGUAUGGCAAAUAACUGAAUACAUACGCCACCGAUAAAGCGGGGCAGAAAUUAUUAUUAGUAAUACCUAAAAAUUGUGUGGCUAUUUGCAGACGUUUAUUUACACAUUUUUCUCACAGAGACAGGAAAUAUUGUGAAAGGACUUUACUUUCCCACUUGUUAGUCGUCAAAAUAAUUCCUUACACGACAAAUCAUUCAGUCAAAAGUCUGCAGAUAUAUGCAAAGUGGAAUCGAGGACGGAAUGUAUUCGAAUUUAAUUUUAUGUGCUGUUGUACUAGUACCCAACGGUACCUAAUCUGAUCACCAAAUGUUAUCAUGAAAAAGUUGUUGGAAAUGAAAGUUGCCAUGAUGUCAAAAUCUCAUGCAAAUGUAUGUAAAUUUCCAACUUAUACAAUUAUCAAACAAAAUUUAUCGAAGAAACAUUCGGCUAUUAUUUCACUAAUGCUUUCUUUCCUGUGUUUGGGGUGUCAUGCUGUGUUUAAUUGCAAGGCGGACUGUGGAUCGUCGUUAUGAACCGUAUCUACGCCUUAAAAUACACAGACCGUGGCUCCGAACUUCCACCAAAUUAUCGCCUCAAUUACGACGAGUCGAGCGCCGUUUGAAGACGUCGACACACAAUAUGUCCUUCGCAAAAGCAGUGUUGUAUGAAAAAGCGGAUAUGCACGACGAAUUUGCAGCUGAGAUGCGAACAAUUGUGCAGGAAAGCGACGGAGAACCCGACAAAACCGAGCAGAAAAUGUUAUCCAACGCCUAUAAAAACGUCGUUGGUAAAAUGCGAGCAUCCUGGAGAGCCGUUGUAGCCAUUGAGGAAAAAUUAGGACAGGAUGACCCAAGGAAAAACUUGACAGCCAAAUAUUUAGCUCAUAUCGUUCAGGAACUGACGACAAAAUGCAAGGAACUUUUAGCACUGCUCGAAGACGAUCUUAUUCCGAAAUUAACAAAGCCUGAAGCGAAGGUUUUCUUCCUUAAAAUGAAAGGAGACCACUUACGUUAUCUUGUCGAAGUCGCAAACGAAGAGGAAGAUGAAAAUUUAACCGAGCUUAAGAGCAAAUCCAAAGCAGCCUAUAAAGAAUCCGAACGGCUCGCCGAAGAGCACUUGAGUCCAACUCACCCGUUCCGUCUUGGGCUUGCCCUAAACUUUUCCGUCUUUCACUACGAAGUCGAGAAUUCUCAGGAGAGUGCGUACGAGAUGGCUAAGAAAGCCUUCGACAACGCGAUACCGUUGCUUGAUCAGCUCAACGAAGAUGAAGCCGAUGAUGUAACAACUAUCAUGCAAUUGCUUCGUGAUAAUUUGACUUUCUGGAGCGAGGAGAUUUAACCUGCGACUAAUAAACUUUGCUAAAUGGUGAUAACAAACGAAAUUUUUGUGCACAUAAAAAUGUCCCAUACCGUAGGGGUUUAGAAUGGGAAUAAUAAGUGUUUUCCGUUUAAACAAGCAUGGUAUUAUACUUUAUUGACAUUUUGAAGUUACAAUAAAAAAGGAUCCUUGCCAUUUUUGUUCUGCAUGUCCUCAGGUAUUGAUGUCAGUAGAAUGAUAUACUAAUUGAAAGAAUUUUUAUAAUUGAUACUUCUGAUGGGACGACUUACUCACGAGAUUAGCUAACAGCCUAACAUUACAAACAGUUCCAAUACAGAGGACAUGUGAAAUAGCGUGUCGUUCAUGCAGCCAGUAUUUCCAAAGAUCGUGGAGUGUGGUAGCUGGCUUGGCAUUAGCUCCAUCAAUAACAUUCCCACUGUAAUUUACCGACUGAACAGUCGUACUCGUAUAGAAGCGAACGCCCGCGAGCGGGUGUCAAGCCGAAAAACGUCCCACGGUCCCUGUUCUCUCCAGUCGUGUUUUAUAUAUAAUUUAUUUUGUAAUUUGAAUAUGCAUAUAUUAAUAAUAGAUGUAGUCAAAGGUCCGAUUGACAUGAAUAAUUCCUGUGAGAACUAAGAAUGUUAUGGCAUUGACUGAAAAGUGUCUCAGUCGGUUGUGUUCGGCUGCACG